AUGAUAGGAAAACCCUUGUGGUUUGACAAAUCAACUCGGCUAGGUCAGAGGUUGGGCUAUCCCAAGGUCUGUGUUGAGGUUGGCUUGGACACUGAGUUCCCAGAGUCAUUAAAGCUUGUCCCAGAUCAAAGGCCUGCUUUUUAUGUCCAGUUGGAAUAUUGUAACUUGCUGGUGGCUUGUAAGAAAUGCCAUCAGUUGGGGCAUGACUCCCUGGAAGGGGUUAAUGCUGAACAAAUGGUGAACUCUAGCCAGCAGGAGAAGGAACAGACUAUUGAGGUAUCAGAUUCAGAGGGUGUUUCAGGGGCUGAGAGUGUUCCAGAGAUAUUGGUGACUAAUCUACCAGGUAAUGAACUCUAA